AUGGUCGCUAGUAAGGCUAACCAUUCCUCCGACCGACAUGUCAUAUCAAACUCAGAGCGAAAGGACAGGAGCAUCCGACUCUGGGGAGAACGAGGGCAGCUCGCGCUAGAGAAGGGGCAUGUUUGCGUGCUGAAUGCCACAGUUGUUGCCACUGAAGUGUUGAAAAACCUUGUCCUGCCCGGAGUCGGAGCAUUCACCAUCGUUGAUAACCAUCGUGUUAGCGAGAUUGUGAUGGCGAUGGUGAUGGUGAUGGUGAUGGCGAUGGUGAUGGUGAUGGUGAUGGUGAUGGUGAUGGCGAUGGUGAUGGCGAUGGUGAUGGCGAUGGUGAUGGUGAUGGUGAAACAUUCAGAGCGGGAUCUCGGAAACAACUUUUUCGUGACCCAAGAAAGCAUCGGCGAGCCUCGCUGCCAUGAGGUCAUGAAGAACUUGCUGGAGCUGAAUGAAGAGGUCAAGGGGCACGCUGUCAACGAGGAUGCGUGCGAGAUCAUCAUGAGUAACUUGGACUUCUUCAACGACUUCUCCUGCGUCAUCGUGCUGUGGGAGCGAGGGAUCCCUCUCUUCCUCGGCAAAGCCUACGGAAUGAUCGGCUUGUGGCGCAACGUGAUCCCCGAGGUGUGCAUAGUGGAGUCGCGGCCAGAAUAUGCCAAGGAGAAUUAUCGCCUGGCAAAUCCCUUCCCCGAGCUUUCCGCAUUUGUGGAGAAGUUCGAUCUCGAGUCCUGCAGGCACCCUUACAUUCCUCUCACUGAGACAACUCCUACUCCCUUCGCUUUCUCCUCCCCUUCUCCUUCUCAUUCUUUUGCCCUUCAGGCUCUGCAAAGAUGGCGAGCAGAGCACGAUGGAAAGAUGCCGCAGACAGGGCAGGAGAAGGAUCAGUUCCGCGAGCUACUCGACGACUUCCAACUUGCUGUUGGCAAAGAUGAAGAAAACUUUGUUGAAGCAAAGGCGCUGGCGCGGCAUGCGUACUCUCCGUUCGAGAUCCCAUCGGAGGUGAAAGCGAUCUUGUCGGACGCCAAGGCAGGAGCAGACAGCAACUGCCAGGAUCCGUUCUGGAUCAUCGUGCGGGCGCUGCGAGCGUUCGUGGAGGGCGAGGGAGGAGGAUGCCUCCCCCUCAGUGGGAUGCUCCCCGACAUGCACGCCGACACCAAGAGCUACAUCGACCUGCAGAAUAUCUACAGGGAACAAGCAGCGAGGGACUGCAGUCACGUCUCAGCUCGGGUCCAGCAGAUCUUAACCUCUAUGAACCAGCGAGCCGACGUCAUCUCCCAAGCUGAGAUCUCCCUUAUCUGUAAAAAUGCUGCAAACAUCCGCCUGGUGCGAACGAGGUCGCUGCAGGAGGAGUACACGUCUCCCUGCUGUGACGACUGGGGCUGGAUGCUCGACAUGCCUGAAGAGUUUCCCCACUACCUCUACGUCCUCCUACGUGCUGCAGACCGAUACAAGGCGCUCAAGAUUUCCUUGAACCUCGCGACCUCGGCCUCAUCCAGCGGCUGCAUCUCCCCGGGGAAAGACCCGAAGUUGGCCUUACAUGGACAUGCACUGCACACGUCGAGAUCAAAAUAG